AAGAAGAAGAGUAGUGAGUAAUGUUUUUCUUUAUGUUAUGAUCAGAGAACUCCGUUGUAAAAUAAUUUUUUAGAUUUUCCAAAUAAUUUUAUUCCCAAUAAGUAUAAACUAAAACCCGACUUACAAACAUGGAUUGGCUAUUCGGUAAGAAAAUCUCACCCGAUGAGAUGUUGCGAAAAAAUCAAAGGGCCCUCAACAAGGCAAUGCGAGACUUGGACAGGGAGCGUAUGAAAAUGGAGCAGCAGGAAAAGAAAAUCAUUGCCGACAUCAAGAAAAUGGCCAAAGAAGGUCAAAUGGAUGCCGUCAAAAUUAUGGCCAAGGAUUUGGUGCGCACAAGACGUUAUGUGAAAAAAUUCAUGUUGAUGAAAGCGAACAUACAGGCUGUGUCAUUAAAGAUACAAACUUUAAAAUCUCAAAACACAAUGGCUGAAGCCAUGAAGGGUGUUACCAAAGCCAUGCAGAACAUGAAUCGUCAAAUGAAUUUACCUCAAAUACAGAAGAUUUUACACGACUUUGAAAAACAAUCCGAAAUAAUGGACAUGAAGGAGGAAAUGAUUAAUGAUGCCAUGGAUGAUGCAAUGGAGGCGGAAGGCGAUGAAGAAGAGACCGAUGCUGUUGUUGCCCAAGUAUUGGACGAGCUGGGCUUGCAAUUGGGUGAACAGCUAGGAGAUUUACCCACCGCUUCUGGUUCACUUUCCAUUGCUGGCGGCAGCAAAACAACUCCCACAGCUAUUGCUGCAGGUGCAGCUGGCGGCCCUACCAGUUCCGGUGGUAAUGGUGGUGCCACUGGUGGUAGUGGCGGCUCAACGCCUAUGUCCGGUGCAGAUGCCGACUUACAGGCCCGUUUGGACAAAUUGAGACGGGACUAAAAAAUAUUUGUCAUUAAUUUUUAUCUGUAUUUUUUUUUAUAGUUUUUUUUGUGUAUCUUAUCAACUUGAUAUCGCCCAUCAGCAUGUAAUUAAAAUGAAAGCUAAAUAUAAGGCAACUUUAAAACUGA